AUGACCAAUGGAUUGGCUGAAAACUUGACCAACGAUGGCUUAGCAAGAAUAGUUUUGCAGUAUAUCCUGCGUUCACGCGGUAUUGUAGGUGAGAAUAUUCUUUUACUUGCCUUGAUGAGGCUACAAGGUGACACAGAGACAAACGAUGUCCAGGAAUUGUACAGUAGGUUGUCUAAAGUCAUCAAGACGAUCAAUUUAAAAUUACAUCCUUUGAACUAUAAAGUGGUACGAGUUAGCCACGGGUUGGGGAAAAACAUCGUUGCGAACAAGUCAGAAGCCUUCAGCGCAGCUCAAGCGAGCUCUACAACGGUUACACUCCCAAAGAGCAACAGGUUUUUUGUUUAUGUGGAUACGGGAUCCGUCGAUGAGACUAAACUUGCCACGAGGUUCAGCCAGAAAGAGAUUGAAUUCAUCAAAUGGGCAUUGCAAGAGAUCUCUAACCAUGGAACUGUGCUUAAAAAGCUUACACCUCCAGAAACAUGUACAGUAAUGCAAGAAGUAAACCGCAUACGACGAGCUACGCUGGACGAUCCGAUAGAUUGGGAUCGUUUCGUUAGCUUCACGGUGGGAUCAAGCGCGCUUUCACGGUUCAAAGAACUCAAUGCAUUGGAAAUUGAGCAACUGAUCAUAAAAUUGUGUGAGUACAAAUGGUUCUUUCGAAACGGCAAAGGUGAAAUAGGCGUGGAUUUGCGAUGUAUAGCAGAGCUCGAAGAAAACUUAAUCACAAGCUAUGGUUUACUUCAAUGUGAAAAUUGUGACCGACUGGCAACACAAGGAGUGAUGUGCUCACACGACGGUACCGCUAGUUCAAUCUGGCACGUUGACUGCUAUCAGCAUCAUAUUUCCCAUGUGAGUCAAGAUUGCAAGAUAUGCGGCAAAUCGUUAGUCACAAGCGGCGUUUACGUUAUAUAA